AUGGUCAAAAGAUGUGGUGUAAAAGAUACGAUCAAGAAGAUGGUCAAGAGGAUGGAAAAGAUGGAAAAGGUGGUCAAGAAGAUGGAAAAGGUGGAAAAGAUGGUCAAAAAGAUGGUCAAAAAGAUGGUCAAAAAGAUGGUCAAAAAGAUGGUCAAAAAGAUGGUCAAAAAGAUGGUCAAAAAGAUGGUCAAAAAGAUGGUCAAAAAGAUGGUCAAAAAGAUGGUCAAAAAGAUGGUCAAAAAGAUGGUCGAAAAGAUGGAAAAUAUGGAAGGUGGAAAAGAUGGUCAAGAAGAUGGAAAAGAUGGAAAAGGUGGUCAAAAGAUGCAGCUCAAAACGCCUGCAAUGCAUCUAUCUACAACGUCGGGCCCCAGUCCAGUACGAAACAACACCGCACGUAGCAUCCCCAAAGCUCCUGACGAAUGCAAACCGUGGUGA